GCAUCCCUGUCCCUGUGCCCGCUGCUCCAGGUCACUGCAUCGCAUCCCUGUGCCCCGGAACGCUUCAUCCCAUCCCUGUCCGUGCGUCUGCUGCUCCAGGGCACCCCAUCCUAUCCCAUCCCUGUCCCUGUGCCCGAUGCCCCCCUUGCCCUCCCUGCCCCUCUGCCCUGCACAUCAGGAUGCUCCCACUCCCCCCGUCUCUGUGCCCAGGGAACAGGAUCCCCAGUCUCUAGGACACCCUGUGACUCUUCCCCCUCCCAUUGCCCCCUGUCUUUGUGCCCGGCGCUCUGGGACACCCCCUGCAUGCUGGGGUCCCCCAUCCUCCCCACACCCCGGGGCUCACGCUGCUGUGCCACGCUCCCUGCCAGCCCCAGGGAGUGCUGGCCCCUGCAUGUGUGUAUUUUGGGGGUGCCUGUGCUCUCUGCACAGCCCAGGCUGUGCCCAUUGUGUGGGUGAAUGGGUUGUGCUCAAAUUCAUCUCAGUUUGGCACUGGGACACUGUCACAGGCAGGUGCCAUCCCUGGGGACUCCUGGAUGUGUCGAGCUGUGGCAGUCUGAGCCUGUUGGGGGAAAAUGUAUUUCCCAGGCAUUGCUUUCCUAAACUGGAUUAUAGAUGUAAUUUUUUUGUGUGGGGGCACAACUGACUGGAAGGCCUGACUUCAGGAUUGUCACCUGUGCCUUUCAGACAUCCCCUGUGAUCGCAGCAGCAGAGAGAGGAGCAGAGAAGAAAUAUUUCUCUGUUUUGUGAGGUUACUCGGUGCAUUUGGCAGCACCCUGUGCAGAAUCAGGUCCCUGUUUCCUCUCUGCCACCACCUCCUCAUGGUGUGAGUUUCCUUGCAGAGCUCGGGAGAGCAAAACUUUUUAGCAAAUUUUAGCAGCUUUUGGUAUCUGAGCCUUGUUUGUUUUGUCUUGUUGAUGUGAUUACAAGUGAAUGGUGACUUGGCAUUUGUGUGGAUGCUGAGAGCAGGCUGUGGGGCACGGGGGCAUCUUCACCUGUCACCAAAGCACCUGGUGCUGGCGUCAGCAGAAAAGGCUCAAUGCAUGAUGGAAAAAUAGCACCUGGGUGAAGUGGACACUCUUGUUUCAUCUCCAGCUGAGAGGAAUUUGAAAGGGGAAAAAAAAAAAAAAAAGGCACAAAUCAGCAGUCCUGUACUUUUAUCCCAGCUUCCCCCAAUCACCCUGGUGUUGUCAGGCCCUGGGCAGCUCAGCUCCUGCUGUGCCAGAAGUGGCUGAUUUUUUUAAGUUUUAUGAUUGCUAAGAGUGUCCUGCAGACUGGUGCUGGCUGCAGGCAGGGCAGGCUCCAUCCAAAGGUUUCUCCUGGAAGUCUGUGGAUGGGUGAGAACAGCAUCUGCUUAACCAAGUAACUCUGCCAGCUUGUCUUUGUGGCUUACUAACCUUGACCUCAGGGGUUUCCCUCUGGGAAGUGUGGUGGUGUGCAGUUACCCUGGGAAACGGGGACUCUGGGGGCAUUUGCCUGAAUUGCCAAAUAAAUAAGGGCAGCGUAUUUGUCUUGUCCUGGGCCUAUUUUCCCCAUCAAGAGGCUGAGUGCAGCAUUGACAAUCUUGCUGCAUCAUUGCCUUCAGGUCUUGGCCUCUCCUCAAGCUUCUUCCUCUGAAGGGGAUCAAGUCUUUCGGCUUUUUUCUUUGGAAGAUCUGACUGUGUGCCAGAGAGAAACCCAGCUGUCCAGUGCCAGGCCCAUCGAGAGUGGCACCCUUGGCACAAGCUUAUGAAUUAUCCCCAUUCUAUACUUACCCUGAAUUUUCGAUCCCUCUUUUAGCUUAUUUCUGCUGGAGAAGGGCUGCUCCAUUUCACCCUCUGGUGUGGCUGUGCCAGCAAGAGCCUGCAGUGCUGCCCUUGCAGUUGCCCAGGGGUCACUAGAGGAGGUGUAUUGUGGAGCAAGGCUCGGGAUCCUCCAGGAGCAUUCCAGUGGUGCUCUCCUGGCGGGGCUGAUCUGCAGGGCUGGCUCCAGCUCUCCAGGCAACACAAGGCUUGCAGAACUGGACCUGCAGCUUUGCUGUGCCUCCCUGUGAUUGAUGUGAGAGGCUUCCCGUAGGCAUGGUGGGAAUUUUGUGGUAGUGUGUGAUGCAGUGGGAUCUGCUGCUUUCCAGUAGCUGCUAAUGCCCUUGGAGGACAGUGCUCUGCUCCCUCCAGGCACAUCAGCAGUGUAUGUGACCUCUUCUCCUCGGUGAAAUGAUGCAAAAGUUGUUCACAGGGUCUCAGAAGCAACUUCACACUGGAGACACCAGAGAAAUGAGUUUUUAGGGUAUCUUUAAGAGGCUGUAGAUUAUAUGGGUAUUCCCCGUCAAGAAGGGAACAUCCCAGUUGUCCAGGAGAAAUUUUAGAAUGGCAAGAGGAAUUCGGAGUGGUGGGUUCUCCUGCUGUGCUGGGAUCUGCCACGGUGUUCCACUGUCCUUCCUGGUGCUGUUCUCUUCUUGGGAACAGUCCUCACCUCAGGAAUGGUCUGCACCUCACUGCUCGGGAAUAAUCAGACCAACAGAACUGCUUUUACUGGGGCACAUAGUUCUGAGCUCAGAGCUUUACAGUUUUAGUUGGCAAACAAUGUGAAGGAAAAUGAAAAGCAACUGAAGGAACUCCCCACUUGUCUUCUCUCCCUUAAUCCACAAGGUAUCACAUACAACCCUGCCAUGCUAUUUGUUUUAUUUGUGGGUUCCUUGUCGUAAAGGAAUGGUAGGGAGGAGUGGAGCAUAAAAAUCCUCAAAUCAAAUUGUCCUUUACAUCUGAUUUCUCUAAAGAAAGAGUGUCUCAGGCUUAACCCACUGGUCACGUGCUGCUGGCCAGGUUAUCUCCCCAGAUGGGCAGUCCCCAUCUCCUGUAUUUACCUGGAAUAUUUUAGAACAUUUUAGCUGUAGUGAAAAAUGUCUGUUCCAAAGAGAGUAAGCUGAUUCUGACAACAGAUCUGACUGGGGGUGUGUGCCCUGGGUCUGGUCAGAUCUGGAAAUGCUGGCCUUGAAAACAGGGAGGCAUUUCUAGCACUGCUGCUGAGGGAGCUGCUGCACACAAGGAUUUUGUCUGUGCUGUAUCACGCUGUGUGUCCAGGCAGAUCCACCCAGACUGCUGCUCUGUGACAUCCCAAUACCUGCUUUUGAGCUCUUGUUGUAAGCAUCCUUCCUCUCUGCAGCAAACCAAGCCCUCUUCUGGGUUUCUUGCCCUUCUUCCCUUUUCUUCCUGUGCCAAAGCAAUUAUGGAGAGAGGUGGGAGCAUUGCUGCGGUGGGAUGGUUGAUGCUGUGGAGUAGAGAGAGGGUGAGAAGCUGAGAGUGGCUCUGUGGGAGGAGAGAGCAGCAGCUGCAGAGUUGCUUUCCUCCAUGACUUGGGAGCAAGCUCCCAGUGCCCAAGCACUCCAUGUCUGGCUGGGUUCAAUUCACCAUCCGUGUUUGUGUCUCCUUUCAGGAAUGGAUAAUCAGACAGUGCUGGCUGUGCAGUCCUUACUGGAUGGUCAGGGAGGUGUGACGGAUCCAUCGGCUCAAAAUGUCAACUCCUCCAGCGCCAUCCAGCCCAUGGAUGACGAAGACGUGUUCCUCUGUGGGAAGUGCAAGAAGCAGUUCAACUCUCUGCCUGCCUUCAUGACCCACAAGAGAGAGCAGUGCCAGGGCAGUGCCCCGUCCCUGUCCACGGUGUCUCUGGCCACCAACAGCGCGUACACCCCGUCCAUCACCUCGGUGCCGCAGGCUCCGAGCGCCGGCCGGCAGCAAAUCUCUACAUACAUCACCGUUCCCCCAUCACCUUUGAUCCAGACCCUGGUGCAGGGGAACAUCUUGGUCAGUGAUGAGGUGCUGAUGUCAGCCAUGUCUGUUUUCACCUCCUUGGACCAGCCCAUGCCAGCGGUGCAGCCCCCGGUGCAGAGCAGCAUGAGUAUGCACGCUGGGGCUGGGUACCUGUCCCAGCCGCCCCCGCCGCCGCCUCCCCCGCCACCGCCGCCUCCUCAGCCCCCGCCGCCUCCCCCGCCCAGCCUGGGGGCUCCAGGGCAGCCUGGGGGCACUGCUGGCGUGGUGGAAGUGUACAGUGCCCCUCCUCCCAUGGCACCAGCCAGCACGGUGGAGAUCCAGACGCUGGGCAUGCAGCCCUACCCGCCCAUGGAGGUACCAAGCCAGUGUGUGGAAAGUCCCGUGUACCCCUCUCCCCCCGUGUACAGCCCUGGGAAGCAGGGGUUCAAGUCCGAGAGCACCAGUGCUCCCAUCGCCCUGACCAGCACAGGAGGAGGCCCCGUGGUUGGUUUUGAUUCCCCCAGUGCUGCUGCCAAAACUCGCCGCUGCAAAAACGAGAGCGGGCUGCAGGAAGGUAAGCCCAAGUCCCCCAAGCUGAAAUGCACUUACUGUGACAAGGCCUUCACCAAGAACUUCGACCUGCAGCAGCACAUCAGAAGCCACACAGGUGAGAAGCCCUUCCAGUGCAUCGUGUGUGGCCGAGCCUUUGCCCAGAAGUCCAACGUGAAGAAGCACAUGCAGACCCACAAAGUGUGGCCUCCAGGGCUGGGCUGCACCAUCUCCCGCAACUCCAUCACAGUGCAGGUCAUGGCCUUGAACCCCAACCAGCCAGAGGACGAGGAGAACACAGGUUUGCCUCAGCCCUCAAGGAACCCCGUGCCACCGCCCCAAGAGCUGAGCCCCUUGGAGGACAGCGAGGCAGGCAAGCUGGAGGCCAAGCAGGUUGUCCUGAUCGACAGCUCUUACCAGUGCCAGUUCUGCCCCAGCAAGUUCAACACCUAUUUCCAGCUCAAAUCACACAUGACACAGCACAAGAAUGAGCAGGUGUACAAGUGUGUGGUGAAGACCUGCGCUCAGACCUUCCAGAAGCUGGAGUCCUUCCUUGAGCACAUCAAGAGCCACCAGGAGGAGCUGAGCUACCGCUGCCACCUCUGCAGCAAGGACUUCCCCUCCCUGUACGAGCUGGGCGUCCACCAGUACUCCCACAGCCUGCUGCCCCAGCACAGCCCCAAGAAGGACGUGGCCGUGUACAAGUGUGUGAAGUGUGUCAAUAAAUACUCCACCCCAGAAGCCCUGGAGCACCACCUGCAGACAGCAACACACAACUUCCCCUGCCCUCACUGCCAGAAGGUGUUCCCCUGUGAGAGGUACCUGCGCCGCCACAUCCCCACGCACGGCGGGGGCAGCAAGUUCAAGUGCCAGAUCUGCAAGAAGUUCUUCCGUCGGGAGCACUACCUCAAGCUGCACGCCCACAUCCACUCGGGUGAGAAGCCCUUCAAGUGCUCAGUGUGCGAGGCCGCCUUCAAUCGCAAGGACAAGCUCAAGCGGCACAUGCUGAUCCACGAGCCCUUCAAGAAAUACAAAUGUCCUUUCUCAAGCCACACAGGCUGCAAUAAAGAGUUCAACAGGCCUGACAAGCUGAAGGCUCACAUUCUGUCCCAUUCAGGGAUGAAGAUCCACAAGUGCCAGUACUGUAACAAGUCCUUCAGCCGCCGCGCCCACAUGGUGGAGCACCAGCGCUCGCACACCGGCAACUACAAGUACCGCUGCCCCACCUGCAGCAAGGGCUUCACGCGCCACAAGUACAUGAAGGACCACAAGUGCCGGCUGGGCUCGCCCAAGGACAAGGACCUGCAGCUCAGGAAGCCCCAGAAGAAGCGGGUGGCGCGGGGGGGGCGCAAGGCGGGCCUGGCCCUGCCCGGGCUGGCCGAGCUGAAGGACGGCGGCGCUGCCGGGGAGAGCCCCCCCGAGGGGGUCCCCGACAAAGAGCCCUUCCAGGAGCCGGACACCAUCCUCUCCAUCGUGGUGGGGGAGUCGGGAGCUGCUGACUCUGACCUGGUCGCUGGGCAGCCCAGCAGCAUGGCACCCAACCUGGCCCUGGCAGAGCUGCAGGCGGGCUCGGACGGGCCCUGUGCCAUGCUGGCUGUCCCUGUGUACAUCCAGACCACGGAGUGACCGUGCCCAGAGCCACUGUGUGGCUGCUGGACUCGGUGCUCAAAUCCAUCCCAGUGUGAAAGACCAAAGCUCUGGUGGGGGAGGUAGAUGGAUAUGGGAGAGGAUGGCUUUCAUCUCCACUGGUUCUUCCCAUCCUUGAGCAGAGGACUGCUUGGAAGCCACCGGCGGCCACGAGGCGCUCAAGAGGGUGGCUGUAUUAUUUCUUGUCCCUCUGCAUCACUGGUCUGCUUAGGGCAAGAAAGACAAAGAUCCCUGAAUCAGGGUAAGAAGAAGGAGCGUGCGAACUUGCAACAAACAGAGCUGCUGAAAUCAGGUGGCUUUGCAAAUCACAGCCUGUCCCAUCUGUGGUUUUUCUGGCCUAAAACCUGUAUUGCCCAGUAUUUGGGUGGCCCUUCUGAGAGCAAGCAAUUGAUCCUUCCUAGUGGAAGCGAGUUCAUCCUGAGAUCCUUUGGGAACACUGUUCAGAAACACCCUGGUAGACUUGUGUCUGGUAUCUUCUCUCUGUCUCUCUCAGUAGAAAGAUCACCGUGUCUGUACCACAUGAGUUAUAAACACCCUGGACCUCACGUGCCCUGUGGAGUCUGUGUGGGAGCACAUGUGUGUGUUGGCUCUUCUCUCUGGUUGCUCUUCUCUCCACAGUGUUUUGUUCAUGGUUUGUCCCCAUAUCCAAGGAUCUCUGAGUGCCUUUAGGCAUCAGUGAGCCAAUCCCUGUGAACAGUGGGCUGGGUGAGGUGACCUGUCCAGAGUCUCACAGGAAAGCUGUGAUGCAUCCAGGAGCUGGUGUUCCAGCAUCAGCUCUGGGCCAGGCGCUACAAAGAAGCUCUGUCAGCUGCUUCCCAGCCUCCACCUUCCCUUAGCUCAGUCCUGUGGGCCAGUUGUCAGCAGUUUCACUGGGAAGUUGGUGUGGUUAGACAGCAAGAAAGUGGUGUGGCUGGGACAGUUCUCUUGUCCACUGGGAUUCUUCUCUGGUUUCCCAAGUAGGAGUCCCAAAGUCCCACUGCCCUGCCAGGCUCCUCCUGUCCUGCCCUCAGCCUCCAUUUUUAGGCUGCCACAGGAUGCACUGGGUAUUGGGGAAGGGAACUUGACCCAGACCUGCACAUUUCUGCUGCCUCCAGGUCCUCCUGGGAUGUGUGUCCCAUGCUCUGCCCUCACAUGCUUUCUCCCUGCUCUGUGUGGAGCUGAGCUGAGCUGGGCUUUGCCUGCUCAGUCUGUGUAAUGAGCUGCUCAGCUGUCUGUGGGUGCAAAGUGCUGUAUUUCCAGCCCAGGUUCAGUCUGUCCUGGGUACUGAAAUGCUGGCUGUGGAAUCCCAGCCUUCCUCUCUGGGAGCUGAUGGGUGUUUGGCCACUGGAGCCAACUGGGCUGACUGGGCUGAUCCUGCAGCCUGCCUGAGCUCCAGCCCUUGCUUGACCUCAGGGUGCUUUUCCUGUCUCCUUGCUUAAAUCUCAAAAACUUUAAAUCUUAAAAAUAGCAGCUUGCAGAGGGCAGUGUCCAUCUUGUAUCUCCUGGUGUUCCUGUGCCCCCAGGCUGUGCUGUCUAAUGAUGGUUUCACUGUCGCUCCUGGGACACUGUCACACAGUUCCUGUCAGGAUGGGUUCUGCCAGCACUUCACUCCCUCACUUUCCUAACUCAUUUUUUUGCUCAUUUGACAUUUUUUGUGGUGUUUCUGCACCUCCAGCUGCUGUUGGUGGUGUGAGGAAAUGGAGCUCAGGGCUUACAGGAGGAGGCUGGAGAAGGAGUUGUUGAGGGUUUACAAGAGGUUAAGGAGAGGUCUUGCUGCUGCCUCACAGGACGGGUGGUGAAGGUGGAGCCAAGCCCCAGAGGUGCACAGGGAUGGACCAGAGGUGACAGGGGCACGUUGGAAUGUGGCAACUUCCAGUACCUAAAGGAGCUUACAAGAAAGCUGGAGAGGGACUUCUCGUAAAGGCUUGGAGUGACAGGACAAGGAGGAAUGGCCUUAAGCAGAAGGAGGAUAGGGUUAGAUGGGAUAUUGGGAAGAAAUCCUUCCCUGUGAGGGCAGUGAGGCCCUGGCACAGGCUGCCCAGAGAAGCUGUGGCUGCCCCAUCCCUGGAAGUGUCCAAGGCCAGGUUGGAAGCCACCUGGGCUAGUGGAAGGUAUCCCUGCCCAUGGCAGGGGUUGGAAUGGGAUGAUUUUUGGGAUCCCUUCCAACCCAGACCAUUCCACGUUUCCAUGAUUCUAACUUCUGAUUUGACAUAAAGAAACGCCCACCAUGGGUGGUCAAAGGAAGGAGAGGCCGUGAGACCCCACAACCAAACUGGUCAGAGCAUCCUGCUCCAAGCAGGCGUGCUUGGGAAGAGGUGCCUGGGCUGGGGACAUCCAGGUGGCCCUUCCUGCUUGGGUGUGUCUGUGCUGCCGUGAAACCUCCUGCCUGCUUUGAAGGGCAGAGUUUAUUUACCCACAGUGUUUGUUUUAAACACUCAGCUCUCCCACGAGGGGAACAGUAUCGGGAAAUAGUUUGCUAAAUAUACUUUUCCUAUUGCCCUU